AUGGCUUGUACCAAAUGUAAUAAAUUGGAAACAAUAUUUCAAUUACAUUAUGCAGUGGGAUCUAAAAGGAUUACUUUUAACAGUUUCUUAAAAAUUGUAAUAUCAAUAUUAGAAGAAUUAUUUCAUACCGAAGGAAAUUUCGAAGGAGGGUUUAAAUCAAUUUUGAAAAAGAAUCAUUUUAUCUACUAUAGGCCAAACUUCGAAAGAAUAAACAAAAGGUUGAGCCAUAUCAACGACCUCCAUGCAUUGAGCAAAAUAAAUUUCUUUCAUCUCUUUUGGUAUUACAAAAAAGAAUUUACAGAAGAAAACAUUAGAGGUACCGAAGAGUCAUUCCUUGGAACAGAAAUAAAAAAACUUUUCCUAAAUUGUGCGGCUUUUUUCGAAAGUCAUCCAAAGCAAGAUAACAUUAACGAAUUAUUUGAAAGUAUGGAAAACCCAUUUAAGUGUUGGGAUGAUAUGUCGUUGUAUGCCUAUUAUGCGAUGGUAGACUUAGAUAUUUCGUCGUACUUUAGGAGAAGUUUAACAGAAAAAUAUGUGAAAAUAUUAUAUCCAGAUGAUGAUGAUGCUUCUAUCGACGAUUCUCGAAGAAGCAGUUUUAAUGCAACGGCAGAAGGAACGAGUAGUCUGGACGUUUCGAUGUUAAACUGCCCUGCACAUAGUAGUACUGCAAAUGAAGAAAAGUCUACACACGUUCUGGAAGCGACUCCUUCAGAAUCGCUUUCAGUUUUACCCUUGUCAAAAGAAAACAUAAAUUUGGAAGAUUCUGAUAGUGAUGAUUUUCUUGGAUUUCCUCCGAAUAAUUCAGCUUCUAAUCGUUCUUCGACAAAUUCCGAAGCACAAUAUAAGUGUAAAAUCUGUUUUCAAAUUUUUCCACUUUACAUUAACUUAUAUAAUCAUAGCAGGACUCACACAAGAAGAGGAGAUUUAGAUUGCUGCUUUUGUUCGAAAAAAUUCGAUAUGAAAAUUGCAAUUCUGAAUCACAUGAAAAUCCAUAAAAGGAAGUCCUAA